AUCCCUCCCUCUUCCCCCUCCCACUCUCUCUCCUGACACUACAUUUUCCGGUGAUAUACACCAUGACUGUGGUGGUGCUGACGGCUGCCUUGGUUAUGUCCUUGUCUUUCCUGUUUAAAGUUGUGUAUGUUAGUAUCUCAUGUUAUUGGCUGACUCCUAGACGCAUCAGGAAAAUCAUGGACAAACAAGGCGUGCGUGGCCCCAAGCCUCGCCCUCUCACUGGAAACAUCCUGGAAAUGGCCGGCUUCGUCUCCCAGUCCACCGCUAAGGACAUGGAUCACAUCCACCAUGACAUCGUUGGCCGACUUCUGCCACAUUAUGUCGCCUGGUCUAAACAAUAUGGGAAAAGAUUUGUAUAUUGGCAUGGAAUCGAGCCCCGGAUGUGUCUAACAGAGACUGAAAUGAUCAAAGAACUUCUAACAAAGUACAGCACUAUAUCUGGAAAAUCAUGGCUGCAACAGCAAGGAUCAAAGCACUUCAUCGGCCGAGGUCUUUUAAUGGCCAACGGUGUAGAUUGGUUCCACCAACGGCAUAUUGUUGCCCCAGCAUUCAUGGGUGAAAGACUCAAGAGCUUUGCUGGGCACAUGGUGGAAUGCACUAAGGAAAUGCUUCAAUCCCUGGAAAAUGCAGUAGAAUCCGGACAGAGUGAGUUUGAAAUAGGAGAGCACAUGACUAGACUCACAGCCGAUAUCAUAUCAAGAACCGAAUUCGAUUGCAGUUAUGAAAAAGGAAAGAAGAUUUUCCAUCUCCUAACUGUUCUCCAACGCCUUUGUGCUCAGGCCAGCCGCCGCCUCUGCCUUCCUGGUAGCCGGUUCUUCCCUAGCAAAUACAACAGAGAAAUAAAAUCUUUGAAGAUGGAGGUGGAAAGAUUACUCAUGGAGAUAAUCCAGAGCAGGAAAGAUUGCUUGGAGAUUGGCCGGAGCAGUUCCUACGGCAACGAUCUGUUGGGGAUGCUCCUGGAUGAGAUGCAAAAGAAAAGAGGCAAUGGGUUCGGCUUGAACUUGCAGUUGAUCAUGGACGAGUGUAAAACAUUUUUCUUUGUAGGGCAUGAAACUACAGCGCUCUUGCUUACUUGGACUGUGAUGCUUCUUGCUAGCAACUCUACCUGGCAAGAAAAAGUCCGAGAGGAGGUGAAGCAGGUCUUCAAUGGCAGAAUUCCCUCUUUUGAUCAACUCUCCAAACUCACCACGUUGAAUAUGGUUAUAAAUGAAUCAUUAAGGCUCUAUCCUCCAGCGACUAUCCUCCCUCGGAUGGCGUUUGAGGAUAUAAAGCUCGGAGACCUCCUUAUUCCAAAGGGGCUCUCAGUAUGGAUCCCAGUGCUGGCAAUACAUCACAGUGAAGAAUUAUGGGGGAAGGAUGCAAACGAAUUCAACCCUGAUAGGUUUGCCUCAAGAACAUUUGCCACCGGCCGCCAUUUCAUCCCUUUUGCUGCUGGGCCCCGGAAUUGUGUGGGACAAUCCUUUGCUAUGAUGGAAGCUAAGAUUAUAUUGGCCAUGUUAAUUUCCAAAUUCAGCUUCACAAUGUCGGACAGUUACAGGCAUGCUCCAAUAGUUGUCCUUACAAUUAAGCCAAAGUAUGGAGUUCAAGUAUAUUUGAGGCCAUUGAAUAAGUAAUCAUCUUUAAUACUGUUAAUUCCAAUGUAGCACUCCUAAAUAAUUAUUUGUUGCCAAU